CUAACAAACUAACAAAGCAAGUAAGUGGUUGUAUUAAGGUUAAGAGAGGUCACCCGGAUAUGGUUCCCCCUAGACUGCAGUUAAGCCGGAAUGUAAUUACCAAGUUCAGUUUCUAUGAUAGUUAUACUGCAGAAGGUUCUUAAACAGCCUGAAGUCUCGACUAAAGGUCUUCAGACCCUCUCAAUCUGAGUCUCUAGCGGGCGACUAACCUCCACCGGAGUAAACAGAUUGAGGCCCUAUGAACAAAACCUCCACUACCGAAGUGAAUUCGGUACAGAAUAGUGAGUUGGCUCCUCGACUAAAGUCACCAACUCCCUACCUUCAAUCAAGGAUGCUCUAUCAACCUAGGCAGAUAUUCUCAUUCUAGGUUAAAGCAGAAACAACAGGAAUUUGAUCAGGAUUCAUGCCAUUCAAUCAUUCAAACCUCAAUCGAAUAUAAUCAAAUCAUAGAAUCAGUACUUGGGUUCAUACAAUCAAACCUAACAUACAAAUCUAGGGUUCUCCAUACCAAGAUGAAUGGGAAAACUACUCCAUGGAGAAAGAAGCAAAAGCAGAAUCAGACGCGGAAUUCAUAUUGUGAAGGAUGGAUUCCUGCUCCUGGACGUUGAUUGGCACUUCUCCAAGCUCAAGCUGGCCUCCAAUGGUGUUGGAGAUCAAGCUAGGGCACUUGGAGACUCUUGUUCGUCGCUUUCACUCUCUAGGAAUCGCUCUAUCUCUCUAAAACUCGAAUCCCCUUCUGUUUUGGCUGAAAUCUGCUUAAAAGGGCAUCAGUGGCCAAAGCACGGUCGAGGGCACGACCGUGCUUUGCCUCAGCCCGCCCGUGUUUUGGCUAGGGUUAAUUACACGGCCAGCCUGUUGGGAGAAACACGGCCGUGCUUUUGGGUGGACACGGCCAUGCUUUGGUGGACACGGCCGUGCUUUGUCUCGGCCCUGCCCGUGUAAUCAGCUCAUGUUUGCCAAACUCGAAUUAGCUCUCGGCAGUAAAAGCACGGCCACAGAACACGGCCGUGUUCUGUUUUAGGUGUGCCCGUGUUUUGGCUCCAGCUCCACCGAAUGGCUUCCGAAUGCCCCGAAACUCGUGCUUAGCCUUUCCUUUGACGCCUGGGACCUGAAAUAUGACAAAAUAGCACAACCCGACGUAAAAUAGGCAAAAAAUACACGACUAUGCCCCUCAAACGGAUAAGAACCAGGGGCGCAAAUAUGUGCAAUUACAUCGUUAUCAGGCAUGCAUCUAUGAUGGUAUAACCAAACCCAAGGUCUUGAAUAUACCUCUUCACUUCAUAAAAUGAAUUUGGCAAAGAUUCACCAUUUGGUAAAGCAUUCUUGAAUAACUCCAAAUUCAAGUUGAAAGAUUUGUCACUACUAUUUGUUAUUUGUUUGUUGUUCAUCAUUUUCAUGAUGAACGACAACUUUGAAUAGUUUUUACACCCAGGAAAAAGUGGGCAGCUAGCCUCAUUCGCUAGUCUAGCUAAUUUCGGGUCCAUAUUCACUUCACUUGUAGCAUCAUUAUCAGGUUCAGCCUCUGUUGUACGAAACUGAGCGGAUGAAGCUCUACCCAAAUCCUCUAACAUGGAAUACAUAUCAUUACCAAAACCAUCAUUCUCACCAGCAUGAGAAGAUUGGUUUGUACCACUGCUACUACCAAAAUCAAAUGGCUCCCCAUGAUGUAUCCAUGUCGUGUAAUCUUCAACCAUUCCAUUUAAGAAUAUAUCACUCUUCACUAGUUGUAUAUUCUUAAAGCAAUAAUUAUUGCAUUUUUUUGCGUGGACACCUAAAUCUACCAUGCCCAUCGACACAAGUACUUGCAGCCGUUAAAAAUUGUUCCACACCAUUCAUAUAGUCAGCACAGAAUCGAUCCUUUAACUUUAACCAAUUUCUAUUCAUUCUGACUUUGCACUUGAAUUGGACUAACCUUCACUUGCUGAAGUUCCUUAAGUGCAAGAUGCUUCUCAAAUCUCAACCAAAGAAUGUGAAACCAACCUGCAAAAUGAAAUAAGGUCUGUAAGAAAGUCAUUCACAAAUGACAAAAGGUUUACAAAGCAAAGGGGCCAUAAUCAGAAAGAAACAGCCUGCAAAAACAGAGUGAAAAAACGACAGCCUAACCAAGCAAAGGAUCAAAGUAAGUCCACUAUGAUUUAAGAACAAAGUAAAGGAUAUACCCACAAACAUAUAAAACCAUUCUACAAGCAUCGGUAAUGAGUAUCGAGUUCUGAUCGGUUAUAACCAACAAGGUAAACACAGUAGCUAGCCAUCAGCAUGCAUCCAACAACCAAUAUAAAUGACAACAUCUAUUGCUAGGCUGCCAAAUCCUACAAUGGACCACAAAUUGCCAUCCAAACCCAAAUACUAGGAGUGAAUCCAGAGACCAACAUGAGAGUUAACUCCCAAAUUCUUGAUAUAAUAAAUACAUAACAUGGGAAGAACUGUUAAAAACCAACAGUCUUGUGAAAAUCCAAUUCUUUUCUUUUCUCUUCAUACCAAUGAAGAAGCCAACACAUUACAAUUUGCCCUCAGUCGAGACUCUUCUAAAGCUCAAGAAAGAUUAUAUUUUUCAGGUUUCAGGAAACAUAGACCUUCCAGUAAAUACAAUAUCAAAUAGAUGAGGCACCCUAUAAUACUAAAAUCGGUUUUUCACAUUCAAAAACAAUAUGAAACCAGAACAACUCAGACCUAUUAUGCUAACAUGUAAAAAGUGCAGAAAAGAAGCAUCUUGAGUGGACUGAGCAACAAAAUGGAAGGUAGUAGUGAACGUUCCCACAUGCAAGAAGGAAUCAAUCGCAAGCACAUAACCAUAAACAUCUAGUUGGGGUAGAAGGGGCGGAUUAAAGACUCUGGGAGCAGAGGUAGAUGCAAGAGCGCGAAUCAAUCACAAUAGCACAAGAAGAAAUGUUUAAUUGCAGG